AUGUCUUCUCUAGCUUCAAUAAGAACGGUGAGCUCCGAAGGCGUCGAAGUACCUUCUUUGAUUGUAAACUUUGGGGAGCUCCAAAAUCGAAUGGACAAUUUUCGAUCUCAGUUUGACGAGUAUCUCUCUAGUAAUAAGGAGAAAAUUGUCGAAUCCAAGAAUGAGUUCAACUUAACACUGAGUAAAAACAAAGAAACUGAAAAAUCUCUAUUAGCAGAAAUUGAGUCACUGCAUCAGAAAGAUGUUGAAAAUGCCAAGCUGCGAGCAAAGGAGCAAGAAGAGUUGGAAGAAACAAAUAGAGCUAUAAGAGACUAUUCUUUGAAAAGAGAACAAAUGACAGAAACACAGAAGACUCUGGAAAAACAGAUCUCUGAGCUUCGGCAAUCUAUAUUAAAAAUGAAGGAGAGUCAUUCAAAAAUAAAGCAGACGAUAAUUCAGGAGUCUAGUAAAAAUCAACCAGAGUUAGAACUGUGGGAAUCAACCCUUGGCGUUUCUAUUGAGGGGGUCUCAGAUGACGUGAUAGGAUUCAAGUUUACCAACAUUGAUCCUAAUGCAGCUGAUAGGGAGUUUUCGUGUGUUAUGGACUUGAGCGAGAGGGACUAUAAAGUUCUUAGUACUAGUCCAGCUUUGAAUGGGUUGAUAGUUGACCAAGCUUUAACGUCGCUUAACAGCUCUAGAAAAUUAAGCUUGUUUUUGCGUGAUAUACGAAAGGCUUUUAAAGAUAUGGUAUGA